UUCAGAGCACAAAAGAAUGGCUCUAGCUACGGCGUCAGCGACGAUGGAGUCCUCCCAAUCCCUCAUCCAAUCAGAGACGAGGGUUCAGAGGAGUUUCCAGGAGGUCCAGGUCUCAGAACAGAGGACUAUCAAGAAGAAGACCAAGUCCAGACGGCAUAAGGAUGAAGGGAAUAUAUCGGUGUCGAAAAGUUCAGAGAAAUUAUUCAAGAAGAUGAAGGCGGCGACGGACACGGACGCUAUACCCCAGUGCGAGAAGUGCUCCCGGCCAGUGUACGCCAUGGAACGGAUCAAGGCUGAGAAGAGGAUCUGGCAUAAAGAGUGCUUCAGAUGCGUACAGUGCAAUAAGCAACUCACAGUGGAGACCUACCAGAGUGACCACACGACAUUGUACUGCAAGCCCCACUUCAAGCAACUGUUCGAACCCAAACCAGUGGACGAUGAUGACGUCACUGACGCAGCAGCCCCAAAGAAGCACCAGAUGAUAAUUUGCGAGAGUAAUCCAGUCGAGCUGCCGCCAGAUGUCGUUAGAGCAUCAGACAAACCAGACCUUGGCCUCGAGGAACUCUCGCAGCUGGACGUCAAGUCUAAGUUCGAGGUGUUCGAGCGCAAAGCCAAGCAACCUGAAGAACCCCUGCCACAGGAACCCAGGGUGCCGCGCGAGAAGACUGCCGCCAUACUGUCCAAGCUUGCCAAGUUCAAAGCGAAGGGCAUGGACGUCGGUGUGUCUGACGAGUAUCUGAACGGAGUGCCGGUGGAACAGAGCUCCAGCGAGCCCGAAGAAGAUGAAGAAGAUGAAGAUUCAGUGCUAAAGAAAUCAUACAAGCACACAGCCAACCGCGAGCAACCAGUCUCCUUCUGCAAUAUGAGUGAGAUCGUUGGCAAGUUCGAGACUGGACAACACUCCUCGUCCGACAGACAUCGCGAGAGGAAGCAGGAGAUACAGAAUAUUAGGAGCCGACUGUUUAUGGGCAAGCAAGCCAAGAUCAAGGAGAUGUAUGAACAGUCAGUUCUGCAGAGCGAACAAGGGGUAACCUCAGCAGACAAGAUAGCCCGCGAGCUGGAUCUGAACGCGGAAAAGGCGCGCGCCAUCAAACAGAGGUUCGAGAAUGGAGAGGUCUUCAACGAUGAGAACCAACCGCCCAAGAACCGGGAGAUUGAUGAUAGAGCAUUGUUUAAUGAAGGUAUCGGCAAGAAGUCCCGCUCUAUCUUCUUGGAACUGGACGCGAACGCUAAGAGCAUGCCCCCCACCUCCCCCCCACCCGGGGAGGUACCCAAGCGGAAGGAAAUUCCCUUCAUCCCCAAGGACGUGGUGCGCGCGGCCGACAAGAUGGAAGACGUGAAGAUCGAGACGUCCGACAUAUCGGACCGAUUCAAGUUCUUCGAGACUUACAAGCCCAAGAGCGAACGGAAGGAGUUCCGUAUGACGCCGCCCAGGCAGACACAGCGCGCCAAGUCCCCGUCCCCCGAGAUCUACCACGAGCCGAGCGUGGUCCGCAGCGAGGAGGGCGCGGCGGACGCGGGCGUGGCGGCCGCCAGACACACGGCGCGACGCAUGAUACACGUCUUCCGCCAGCUCGAGCACCAGCAGAACAAACCGGACGACGCGCACGGUCCCAAACCUUUGAAGAGGUUUACCCCUCCCCCUCCCGGCGAGAACAACCAUCACGGAGACACAUCCUCCGAGGAGUACUCUUCUGAGGAGUAUGAGGAAGAGGACAGUGAGGACGAGCGUCGCAGAGUGUACCUUGAAGCCAGACAGAGGGACGAAGCUCUUAAGCAGGCUCAGCAAUUAGCUCGCACGAAGAGCUUCCGCGACCGCUUCGAGAACUGGUCGGAGUCGGAACCACAACGCUCGCCCUCCACUGUCGUCAUACAACGACAGCCAGAGAAUGACGAGGAGGGGGAGAGUCAGCUCGAAACCGCUAAGAGCUUGCGUCAGAAGUUCGAGAGCAUGAACGUGACGCAGUCGAAUGUUACAAAAACCUUCGUUCCCAAAGUCAACAGAUUUGUGGUGAGUAAAUAG